AUGGAUCGUGCUUAUUAUACAAACUACAGGCCGAUACCUUUGUCAGACCGAAUAAAGAAAUCACGACUGACUAUCACUACUGGCUCUUAUAAAAUCGAUACUCCAACGCUAGGAGAGCUCUCUGAAAUACUUACAUCUCUCGACCUUCCUGAUGCUAUGUCGAUUGAAGAAUUUUUAAGUAACCUCGAAGAACAGGACGUUUAUGUAAUUCCUGACGACAACGAACUUGUUGAAUUAUGUAGGAAACAGACAGACUUACCUACUAAUAGCAAUAGCGAGGAAUCCGAUGACCCGAAAUAA